UCAAGCAUUUUUUAUUGCUUUCUCUUUCUACUUCCUCGGUAAGUAUGUAACUUGAGAGCCAUGCAAAGUGUGACUUCAAAAUUCUUCUCAAAUUUUCACCAUUAUAUAAAGCAGUUUACUGUCUAUUCCCUUUGAUGAUUGUUACAUUACAUUUUGUAUUUCUGUGGGUGUAGAAAAAGCAAGAAGAGUCUAUCAUGAAGUUCAUAGGGUGAUGCUUGUUGACAAUGCGAUUGCUAUGGGGGAUAAAGUUGCCCCUACUCAUAUUCAUUCAACUUUUAUGUCUCAGCAAAUUAUAUGCUGAGGCUUUGUUCACUUUGAAAGGUUCACUUAGCAGAUCACAGCAAUUGGGAUGCAGCAUUGUGAAGUAUCCGUGUCGAAUGCAAUGGCCGUGUCGCCUUAACUGCUAUAAACUAAAAGAUCCAGGUGCUUUUUCACUGAUUCUCUGUGGAAUAGCAGCAAAGGUGGAUGGAAACAAUGACAUUCCAACACUUACACCUGUUCAAGAAGCUCAAGUUAACAGGCAGGGUGAAAGAAGGGCUGCUGCCGCCACAGUUGGUGGCGUUGCUGCCGCCUUAUUGGUGAUUAUCAUUGUGGUAAUUGUGUAUAUCUGCUUGAUGCGUCUUAAAAGAAUGAUGAGGCAAACAUCUGAGAGUGCUUCUUCUAUGCCAUCUCCCACAGUUGAGAUGGGAAGAAGCAACAACUCGCUGCAAGUAAACGAACUGUGUCCAUAUUAUGCACACAAUGCAAGGCAGUUAACAAUUUUAGAACUAGAACAAGCUACAAGAUGUUUCAAUCAAAGUAAUAUUGUAGGUGAAGAUAGAUUUGGUUUGGUUUACCAGGGCUUGCUUCAAGAUGGAUCUAUUGUGGCUAUAAAGAGGAGAAUAUCUUCUCUAACGACGAAUUUCAUCCGCGAGGUGAGGAAGAUAUCAUGCAUUCACCAUAUGAAUCUUGUGAAGCUUAUAGGCUACUAUGAAGAUGGCUAUCAACAAUUACUAGUGUAUGAACAUCUCCCUAAUGGCCAUGUAGGGAAUCACCUAUAUGAUAGUGAAGGUUUACCUAUUGGAAAGUUAGACUUGUGGAGGAGGUUAUCCAUUGCUUUAGGAGCAUCCAAAGGACUGGAACAUCUUCACAGUUUGGAUCCUCCUUUGGUUCACACCAAUUUCAGAACUAGAAAUGUUUUUUUGGAUGGAAGUUACACUGCCAAGGUUUCGGAUUACGGAUUCGGCACAUUGCAAAGAGAAGUUGAUCAGGCUGCAGCCUCAUCUUCAUGCAUAGAUUGCUUUCUUGACCCAGAGUUGAGUUCACCAGAAAACUAUACACAGCAGAGUGAUGUAUACAGCUUUGGAGUCUUUUUACUGGAGUUGAUUAGUGGUUGUGAAGUUUAUAACAGAAACAUGUCAACCUUAGAAGAAAACCUAGUAUUCCAGGCAAAGGCAAAGGCAAAGGAUAGUGAUGGGUUGGAGAAGUUGAUUGAUGUAACAUUAGGAGAGCAUGAAAAACAUGGUGCAAGGAGAAUGGUGAGGUUGGCAUUGUUAUGCAUAAGCAAGAGUUAUAGAAGGCCAUCAAUGGGGCAAAUAGUGGAAGAGCUAGAGCGGAUUCAAAGAGAGAUUGCUCCUUUGUAUUCACAAGUCAAUGAGGACAUUGGUGUCGUCACUCUUGGGAGUGAACUUUUCCAAUAAGCCUAUGCAUUUCGUUAUUGUUAUGGUGAAAACUUAGGUGCAGUCGACUUCAUGUGAAGUUGAUGACUGAGAGUCGUUGGAUAAUUUGACUGAUUUGACUAAAUUUUCAUCUAACGGCUCUUAACUAUCAAUUUUACGUGAAGUCGACUGUACCUAAAUUUCCACCUAUU